GGAAAAUUCAUACAAAUUCUAAAUUUUUUAACUGCAAGGUCGGAUCAAAAUGAGAGGAACGCAUGCAUAAAACGCACAGUCAUUUGAUGCUCGCUGAUUUCGUCGUUGUAGUGAAGCUGUGCGCGGCAAAAUAAAAAGUGGUUUCCGAGUAAAGCAGGGCUUCCUUGGAGACAAAUCGCAGAUGGCUGAUUUCUAGCCGAUGAAUAAUUGUGAUCUCUAGUGGAUGCUCUGAUGGCAGGGAAAAACAACAUCCGUAAUUGCAGCUUCUUGUCAGUAUGGAAACAUUCUUUAAGAUGUUGGAUGCUUCUGCUCCCAUUGAUGUCACUGGGAAGCGUGCAAGCUGGCAAGAUUUCAAUCAGAGUCGUCUCCGGACCAUUCUAUAUAUCGGAGGAGCCGCACUACGACUGUCAAAACCAAAUCCUCCUCUUCGUCGACAAACUCGUCGGAAAGAUUUGUAUUUACAAUCCUCAAACCGGGUGCACCGCCUGUUCUUGUAACCUGGGAGAGGAGCUCGCUGGUGUGAUCCCGAUCCAGGACUCGCGCAGCGAGUUUUUGGCCGGACUCGGACCGAAGUUGGUGAAAAUCACGUGGAACGGGCGACCGGAAUGUAAACCCCAGGUCGUGACCCUGGGUCGCUUCGACUACGACGCCUUCGCUACCUUCAGCGACGGAAAGGCAGACUGCACCGGACGGACUUUCAUGGAUACCAAAGGAAAGAUGUUUUGUGACGGAACUAUGGUGCCUUACCAAGCCAGUCUAUUCCAGUACGACAGAGAUUAUUGUAAUUUGAAGACAGAACAGUAUAAAGAUGCGACAUUCUAUAACGGGCUGGCGUGGAACAAAAAAUACACUAGAAUGUACCUCUGCGAAUCUUCGCUGGAGAAAGUUUUUGGUUUUGACUACGAUAUCGAUACCGGAAAGAUAAGUAACAAAAAGGUGGUGUUUGACUUCAAUGCCAACGGCUUACCAGGAAAUCCCGAUAGCAUGACGAUCGACUGCAAUGACAAUCUUUGGAUAGCUUGUUACGGUGGACAUCAGGUGAUUGAAGUUGACCCCGAAAAAGGUAAGCUAAUGAGGAAGAUAAUACUCCCGGUGCGAGACGUUACCUCUUGCGCCUGGGGCGGCCCGGACCUGAGCACCCUCUACGUUACAACAUCGCGAAUUGACCUCACCGAGGCGGAGAGGAGACAACAACCCCUGGCCGGGUGUGUCUUCGAAAUUUGCGGUCUGGGGCCACGCGGGAUCCCUGCGAACAACGCUGUCGUGUGCAGGGAUGGCUGUUGUUGCGGGUUCAUCGGGGGCUGUAAUCAGAAUACAUGCCCCUGUUGCGGAGGAGGUUGCUCGACGUCCAGCGGAAAUUGCGUUGAUCGCGGUUGUGGGGGUGGAGUGUGCGGGUGCGGUUUAGGGAACUGUUGCACUUUGCAAGGUCAAGAGGAACCUGACGAAGAUCGCAGAAAGCCUGAGCGAGGAGAUUCGAAGAGGGAUGAACCGAAACAUCGGGAGAAAGAAAAGGACACCCGAGAGAACUCCCAGGAGAAACGAGAAGAUCGAAAGGAGUCCGAAGAAGAUAAGAAGGUUCGGAAGGAGUUGCUUGAGGAAAUGAGCAAAUGGCGGAAAGAGGUUUUUGGAGAAAGAUCGUCUCAGAAUCAGGACAGAGCUUCCGAGGAUCGCAGCAGAUCGUCCGACGAUCGCAGCAGAUCAUCUGACGAUCGCAGCAGAUCGUCCGACGAUCGCAGCAGAUCAUCUGACGAUCGCAGCAGAUCGUUCGAGGAUCGGAGCAGAUCAUCUAAGGAUCGAGGUCAAUCCUCAGGGGAUAAAAGAUCUUCUGAUAGUCGAAUAGGACGGUCUGAGGAUCGGAGUAGAGCAUCCGACGAUCGCAGCAGAUCGUCCGAAGAACGGAACAGAUCGUUCGAGGAUCGGAGCAGAUCGUCCGAGGAACGGAGCAGAGAAUUUCAGAAACAGAGCAGAUCAUCUAAGGAUCGAGGUCGAUCUUCGGGGGAUGAAAGAUCCUCUGAAAGUCGAAAUGGACGGUCUGAGGGUCGGAGCAGAUCGUCUGAAGAUAGAAGCAGAUCUUUUAAGGAUCAGAGAGGACCACCCAACACAAGAGGUAAAUCAGAAGAUGUCCCUAGAGAUAGGAAAGAGUCUGACAGAAGGAGCAAGUCCGAAGAGGUGGCUGAAAGGAAUCGAAAGGAAUCAUCCAAGGAAGAGAAGAGAGAGGAUCGAAGAGAAUCAUCCGAUCGAGAUCCCAAAAAUGGAGGGAAGCCGAGAGGAAGUUCAGGCAGUGAUCGCAGAAGUGAACCAAGGGAAGUGAGUAGAAAACAGAGCAGAUCGUCUAAUGAAAAAAAUAGGGAUCGGAGAAAAAAUUCGGAAGACGUUAGAAACCGUAUGAGAGAGAAAUCAUCAGAGGAGGAUACAAAGGAAAUCGAAGUGUCGUCAGAGGAGAUGGAGAGAGGAUCUACCAGGGGUAAAACAAAAAACCGAGGGUAUUCUUCUGAGCAAGCCAAAAAUCAAAACAAAUCCAGGAAUCAGAGGAAACCAAAAAAUUCAUCAGAAGAAGGGGUCAAGGAUAGAAAGCAAUCAAAAAGCCGCAAAGAUCAGAAGAAUUCUUCAGAGGAGAAGAAGAAUUCCUCAGAAAAAUCAGCAAGAGAACAAAGAAAAAAUGGCAAAAAAUCGUCGGAUCAGACAUCCAAACCGGAUAAAAAGCCAUCAGGAAAAGAAAAUAAUGAUGAGAAAAAGAAAUCUCCACGGAAAGAAAGUCAAGAUGAGAAAAAACCAUCACCGGAAGCAACUGAAGACAGAAAAGAAUCACGAGAAGAGAGCAUCACGGAGCAAGAUAAGGGAUCGCAAGGAAAAACCGAAGACGACCAAAAAUCGUCAGAUAGACAGGAAAAAGAUAAAGAAUCCUCAGUAAAGGAAACGAAGGACCAGGAGCAAUCUCCAGAGGAGGAAACCAAAGAUGAGGGAGAGCCCUCGGAAAAAGAUACUGAAGAUGAGGAAGAGAAUGAUCGAUGGAGAUGAUCAUCCGAGGAAAAAGACAGCAGCAGUCAUCCCUAAAAAAAACCAUUCCCAUAUUUAAGUAGUACUUAAUAAUACUGAACUAGUUAUUCGAGUAAAUACUUUUGAGUAAAUAUUUUAUUCGAUGUGUUCUUAAGGAUCGUGUGAAGGCAUAAAACAACUUUUCAGUCUUUCUGAAAUGGUGUAACGUUAUGCAAAAAUGAUGACUAGCCCACAAUCAAGCGUGUUUUGUACUCAAAGUACCCGCCGAUAAAAAACAAGAUACUGUCGUUUGAUGAUAAAAGCAACGUUGAAUAUAUCCGAAUGAUUUUCGAUGGAUCCAAAAUUCUUUAUGUGGCGAGAUAAAUUAUAUCUAUAAUUAUUAUGAAUAAAUUCAAAUUUAAGUCGACAAGAUAAUGGUAAGUGAUUUCAAAAUGCAAUAAUCUGCUUGUAAUGCGUAAAUUAAAGAUCAAACUAAGAAAAUAUACAAUUACAAAAAUAAAAAAGAGAAAUUUUCA